AUGACUGGUGAAAGCGUAGAAAAGACGUAUUGUUUCAAGACAGAAAACAAAUUCAUAGUCAAAAGUGGAUGUAAAAAACGAAUGUGGAGGUCUUUAAAGCAGAUAUUAACGGCUGAAAGAGCAUUACCAUGGCCUAAUGAAGCAGUUUUGUACUACUCAAUAAAUGCACCACCAACUUUUAAACCUACAAAAAAAUACUCUGAUAUAUCUGGCCUCCCUGCUCCAUACAUAGAUCGUCACUCGAAGUUGUAUUACAGUAGUGCUGAAGAGUUUGCAACUGUAAGAAAUCUACCUAUGGAUAUAACAGCCGGCUAUCUUCAGCUAAGAGGUGCUAAUACUAUUGUGGGAUGA